AUGGCGGACGCAGAGCUGGAGGAGAUUAGACGCGCCCGGCUUGCGCAGCUUCAGCAGCAGCAGGGUGGUGCGCCACGAGGAGCUGGUUCUGAGGGCCAAGAAGAGCAGAGAAAACAAGCCGAGAACGAGCGUCGCUCCGCGAUUUUAAGUCAAAUCCUCGAACCCGAGGCCGCUGAUCGCCUCGGCCGUAUCCGCCUUGUCAAAGAAUCGCGUGCGGCGGAUAUUGAAAACCGACUCAUCAUGCUGGCUCAAACGGGUCAGCUACGGCAAAAGGUGAAUGAGGAGCAACUCAAGCAACUGCUAAACGCCGUUGCAGAGAAUCAAAGGAAGGAUGAGGAGGAACAAAAAGUGGUGUUUAACAGGCGUAAAGGUGGCUGGGAUGAUGAUGAUGAUUUGUUAGAUCUCUGA